AUGGUAUCGCGGCCCUGCGUACGCGCCGCGAGGCGUGUAACCGUCCUAGCGUCUCGACAACAAAUACAGGUCCGCCCCUUCACGCGAACCGCUCUCCUUUCCGACGCCCAGCCCUCCUCGCGAACAUCCGAUGGUUCCCCGCGGACGACACAUUUUGGUUUUGAGACCGUCACCGAGGAUGAGAAGACUAAGCGCGUUGCCGGCGUUUUCCACAGUGUUGCCGAGUCCUAUGAUAAGAUGAACGACCUCAUGUCGUUCGGUUGGCAUCGAGUAUGGAAGGACCAGUUCGUGUCCGGUCUCUCUGCAGGCCUCGUCCCCGCCGGCCCCAACACCGAACUCCGUCUUCUCGAUAUAGCAGGCGGCACUGGCGACAUUGCCUUCCGUCUCCUACGUCAGUCCAUUGAUGUCCACCGCCAUCCUUCCGUCCACCUCACGAUAUCCGACAUCAACCCCUCCAUGCUCCAAGUCGGACGCUCCCGCUCCGAGUCCCUCCCAAUUUCUCACCAAGCUGCGCUCUCUUUCCUCGUAGCGGAUGCCACCCAACUCCCUUCCUCCAUUCCCGACAACUCGGUCGAUCUUUACACCGUCGCCUUCGGUAUUCGUAAUUUUACAGACAUACCCGCCGCGUUGCGGGAGGCGCAUCGUGUCCUCCGCCCCGGCGGCGUCUUCGCCUGCCUCGAGUUUAGCGCUGUCCAAGGCAACCCUCUCCUCGACGCUGUAUACAAGAGGUGGUCCUUUAGCGCGAUCCCCUUGAUCGGCCAUGUCAUCGCGGGAGAUCGCGAUAGCUACCAGUACUUGGUAGAGAGCAUCGAACGCUUCCCAAGCAGGAGCAGUUCCGUGAUAUGA